GCCCUUAUGCUUUAAGUUUAAAAACAUGCACCAAUAAGAUACGAGUUUUAACUGUUCGAAAACAAGAAGAAAUUUAACUUGUUUUCAAGAUAGUUUUCCCGCAAGACGUAAAGUAAUUUGGCUGUAAUAUUGUUCCGAUUUGUGAACGAAGCUGAAAUUUGUUCUUCAUUCAUUUCCGUGACCAUAGUACAUGAGCUAAGAGCAUGUAAUCAAACGUAUCUGAAGUUUUUACAAGUAGUGUUCCGCUAUUUGAAUUCCACAAGCAGUUUGUUAGUUUACGGUCUAAAAGAAGAUAAACACGCAAAGCUUUCUGGUUGAUCAAGCGAAUCACCAAAAUUGUUCGAUUCACUGAGCGGAAAAUGCUAUGGAUGGCUUGGUGAAGAAACUCUUCACAGACGGUUAACAUAGCGGGCUUUGCAUAAUGAGCUUAAUGCCUGUGGCGAAAGCACGAAAGGAAUUUUUCAUAUACAAAGUAGGGGCGGAUUCCUUAUUUUAUGGAGAGAGGGAGGGGUGGGAGGGGUUGUAAGCGCGAGCUCCAAAGGUGUGUCACUUCCUGAGGGGUCUUGUAAGAAAGCCUUUCCUGCAUUUUGAAUGUCUCAUAGGGGAGGGGAGUGGCGUUGUUUUUACUUUAACCUUAACCCUGAAUCAGCAGCUGUUUCCAGCUUGCAAAUCAAGAAUGAAUAUACUAAUUGCCCUCCUCAUUUUGUCAACAGAUAUCUUAUGGCUUCUGUUUCAUUGAAGCUGGUCUUAUUAGCCUCCGCUUUUGUUCUGCUGGGACAUAGCUCUGCUCAGGAGCUUUAUGAAGAUGAAGCAAACCUCGAGCAGUACAGCCCACUACUAGGGGAAUAUUUGAUUGAUUACCCAAUACUAGAGGAAUACGGGAUUCCCACCGUGGAAGAGUUCCCCAGGGAAGAUGAGGAUGAUGAUGAUGAGGAUGAAGUCAAUGAAGACGCUGAUUCCAGCGAAACAGAACAAAAAGCCAAAAAAGGGCAAAUAAAACAUCAAGACAAUGAGCAUGCACAAAAGACAUCCUCUGCAACGAAACUUAAAAGCGACGCACGCGAAAAGCGGCAGCUCCCUCUUCAAGAUGACCCUGUGGUUAUCGCCCGCGAGAAGCUACAACGAGCAAUCAAAGCGGCCAAAGCACUGAGUAACAUAGAAAACCAGCUUGGAUUAAAUCCCUCCACGGUCGAGCACAAAACCGAGAAACUAGAGAAGCAACUCAAAGACGAGGAGAAAAACUUCAAACAACUUGCCGAUCAAACGGACGACAAAGACAAGAAGCAGAAAUUCGUCAAACUCGAAAAAGUUGCAGAUGAAGACGUCAAUGAGGCCCAGAGUAUUUUAAAAUUGAUCGUCAAACUGGAAGCCGCUAAGUAUCUAGCGAAGGAACGAGCUCAAGAGGAACUCGAUGCGGCUCAAAAGAACAAAAUUGCUUCAACGCCGCAAAUGGUUCUUGGACAACCAUUUACAUACCCUCCUCAAGCACCUGGAUAUUUUGGGGGAAUGUCGCAACCGGCUUAUCAGCCCAUGAUGCCGGCAUAUACGGCUAGUUAUCCACCGCAAAUGUUCCAAGGGAUGGGUCCCCCCAGUGUGGGUUCUGCACCUAGUGUGUUAUCACCUGCUAGUUUAGCUGGUCCAACGAGCGCGACGCCUCCUUAUCAGCCCAGUUACCAGGGUAAUACGGAGCUACAGCCAAUAAACCCAAUCAAUGCACCUCAGACCGGCGUGUCAGCCUUUCCACCCCAAAGCAGUGCCCAGCACAGCGUGGAGUCCGUACAACCUGAGGCUGCCAAGGUGGCAAGCUACUCGCCAGAGGAAGAUAACACCGAUAUCAGCCCAGGAGAUAUGGAGUUCAGUGAUAUGGAAAACACUCCACCGGCAAAGAAACCGACAGUUUCACAAGUCAGUGCUGGCAAGGUUCAGUCCGAUGCGCACGGCUCGAGCAGUAAUGAAGCAAAAGCACAACAGACGCACAUUAAACCACAGCCGCCUAGCAAAGACACCGGUCUUACCACAAAGCAUCCUGCUCAACCGGUGGCACCCGCUCAACCGGUCUCUCCUGCUCAGCCAGUUGCACCGGUUCAACCAGCUGCUCCAGCUCAACCAUUCGCUCCUGCUCAACCAGUCACGCCUGUUCAACCUGUAGCGCCGGUUCAACUAGUCAUGCCUGAUCAGCCAGUCGCCCCCGCCCAACCAGUCGCACCUGCUCAAACAGUAUCACUUCCGGUACACACGAUCGAAUCCGCUGUUGGCCAAUCAAAUAGUUUUAUGCCACAGUCGGCACCGCUGACCGCAUCAUACAACCCCGCGGUCGCGGCACCAAAUUUAGCAUCUAUGUCAAGAUACUUUGAUUCAUCGUCCAAUUCUCCCAACUUGUUGCCACAGCAACCAUAUUAUGAACCGCCAAAACUUCAAGCUCCCCAGCAAAACUUUGCACCUCACCCAGAGCCAAAGAAACCUGCUCCCAAGAGCCCUACAUCUGAGAAGCCGGAGGUUUCACCUUAUUCUGCUUUUAAUGACCAGCCCCAGGUUUCAGCUCCUCCAAGUCCUGCAAACUUACAACCUCCAGCGGCGUAUUCCGGGGAACAGGCGCUUUCAAGCGCGUACCCCACGAACUCGUUUUACCCAUGGAACAGUCAGGCGCUCUCAUCCGGCAGUCCACAGUAUUCUUGGAGCCCUCCAAUGUAUUAUCCUCCGGCUGCAUCGUAUCAAGCCCCGGUUAAUCCGCUGAUUGCAGAAGCGUACAGAAAACUGCACGACACGGAAAGAGCGAGUCUAGCCAUGUCCAAGAUCGAGGAAGCGAUUGGUCUAUCACCAAACUCGGUGAAGCACAUUAUCAAUGACAUUGAAAACCAAGCUAAAAUGGAAGCCAACCGAUAUGAGGACGACAUGAGCAAAGAAAAGGCCGAGAUAACCAAGGAGAAAGAAAGCCUUGAAAAGAACCAAUUUGCAGACGAUGCUCAAGCAAAAAAGAAAAUCCAAGAUGAUGAACAGAAGCUGAGAAAUGACAUCAAAAAAGAAAGCGUCGCAAAGCUCGAGGUGGACAAGAUUAAGAAGAUCGAGAAAAUUUUGACCAUCAUCGAAGCAGCGAAGUAUUCUGCUAUGCAGAGAGCAAAGAAACGAAUUCACAAGCUCAAAGCUGAUGAAGGCGUUGCUGAUGGUGAUGAUAUUAGAAAACGCGACCUCGAAGAUCUUGAAAAUGACAUCAGACGUCGUAGAAGGAACGAAAUUAAUAUUUGGCUCAAAGGCUCAAGGAAUCGCAUUGACACGAGUCACUUCUUACGAAACCGUCUAGGCAGGCUGGGAAGACAACACGAGGAGGAAAGGUCGCGGUGGAGUUUAGACCAGAAAACUGUUUUACAUCAUUCAAAAAAUUCUGAGAAAAUCAACAAAACUGAUGACGACCCAAGGGAAAGCAAGUUGCACAAAUUGAAGUUUUUUAAAACGCUCUCAUCCAACAAGAAGCUCGACUCAGGAAAUCAGUUCCCUGUGGCAAAGAGGGCUGAUGUUCCCACAAAACCAGAAAAUUCUGCCAACGCAUUUAUUAUGGCUAAAAUGCUUGAUAAGAUGGACAAGCUGUUUAAAAUUCAAGCUGAUAUUUUGAAAUAUCUCAAAACAGAGCAUAGCAUCAACAGGUUACAGAAAAAGCCAUUUGCCAAAAGGUGGAAGCGGAGUCUACACAACUCGAAACAUCACAAGAAAACUCACAAAGACAUCAAGAGAAAUUAAGAAAAGAAAUGCGAACUAAGGUUGAAAAUUAUCGGACAAACUACCCUCAGAUUAGUUAAACAUUUUUUCGAUGAUUGACCAGCUCUUGCAAUUACUUUUAUCUCUCAACAUCGCUCACAACCUGCUUCGGUCGCACUUGUGUUGCCUAGCAACCGCUAUCUAUAGCAACAGUUACUUAUCAAGUAAGCAACGUUGCUUAUGAACUAUAACGUUAGGCAACGCAAAGGCCAGUCCCUGUUCCCAGGCAGCAACCAAAUGAUACCCGUAAAAGAUUUAUUUAUCUUGGUAAGUCUGUCGCUUAAGCAUUUAUUUGAACAAACCGGGGCAGUGUUAAGUGGAAACAAAGAUGACAAAAAAUAUUUGCCACAAAAUAUGACUGGCACCACUCUCAGUAUUAUGUAGACAUAAGUUAAUGGGACUUGGUAAUGGGACAAUAAAAAUUCACUUCCUAUAUAUAAUACUGAAAUGCUUGGUCAUUUCCUGUCCCUUAUCGAACAGCUCAGAUAAUAUGAUAUUCCCUUUUCAGACCUUCGUUGUCUGAAGAAUAUGUAAAUAUAAGUACGCUUUUCUCCUCGAACGACAGCAGGGAAGUUGAGAGUCAUAAUAUGUAGUAUGUAUAACUGCCAUUGGAUAGUGAUUUAGUGUAUUAAGGAUACCAAAGGCAGGGUUCCUUUACACUGAUUUAUAUAAUUGUAACAUUUAACCACGAGUAACAUGCAUUCCAGACAAAUCCGUUACAUGGUAACUUGGAUAGAAACACGACUCUGCCAAGUAAUCACGUGGUUUAGGAAUACUGACAAUGGGAUGAAAUAUGGGUUGUUAACUGAGGAGGAAAAAAAUUAGGGGAUAAAAUUAGAUAUAGAAAAAUGUAAAUAUGGAAAAUUUUGAUACUUGUAUUUAAUAAAUAUGUCUGUCGAAACAAAAGGCUCAAUUUGAUUUGAUGUCCUUUUGAUAUAAAAGAGGACUGGGGUGGGAUUUAAUUAGUGAUACAUGGAGUGUUUUUGAAAAUAAAGAAAAGAAGAAAUAAAUAUUCACGAGAAAAAGAAAAAGAAAAAAAAAAAAAAAGAAAAAAACAAAAAACAAAAAACGGUGACCAAACGCUUCAAAUUAAGGAUGUAACAGUUUCUGCCUCCCAAGACAGUUUUUUGCUUGACUUCCCAAAUCAAAUUAUGAUUGAGAAAAGGUUAUAAUAAAAUCGGGAUGGACGGAAAAACGUUUGCCUCAAAGUUAAUAGUCAACGAGGUGUCUUCGUGCUGAACUUUAUUAAGCCAAAGAUUUUCUCUCCGCCGCUCACCCAGUCAAAGGCAACCUUGUAUUUUUGUUGUAAACUUUCAUCACUUGAAAUUCUCAAGUGCAUAGAUUAUGGUAAAGAGAGUUAACGGUGAUGUUCAAGAGAAAUUUCCGUGCAACCUGAAUUCCCCACCAGUGAUUUAAUUCUCGGCUCGUCGUUAUCUCCGAUGACAGUGGUAAACAUU